AUGCCCAGCCGAUGCUUGACCAGCGACUACCGGCGGAGUUUUCCCCCUAGAGUAGCCAGGAGGGUUUUUUCAUCCCCUGGAGAGUCCGCCUUUACUGUAGUGGAGUUACUAACAUACAAGGCAAAAGAGCAACCAGGCCGACUUCCUGUUUUUCUCAUGAUUGAUUUAAAUUUUAAAGACAGUGAUGUAAAAAAUCUUCAAUAAAAAAUUGAGAAGAAAUGUCUGAAACAAAACAUUUCUUAAAAGUCUCAAGUCAUUCUUAUGAAUUGCAUGAAAGUUGAUUCCCGUGAACAGGCUGAAGAAAAUGACAUCUUGGUUUUCUUGGGUGACAGGAAAGGGAACAGGAACAGUUUGUUGCAAUGCAAAGCGUUUGAGAGGACCAACACAAACACAGAAACAUUUCAUGGGUUCAUGUUUCUAAAGACAAACUUUUCACAUAAGUACAUUGAGGAUGUUGUGGAAAAUACUCUGAAAGACUUUAACUUUCAACACCAACAUACUAAGCUGUUUGCUGUUCUUGUCCUCUUGGAUGUAUACUGCAGGAAUGCCUCAAUGUCAGUCAGUGCAUGUGAGGAGGUUCUUCAUCUACAAACAACAGAAAGCUGUCAGUCCUGCACUCUUGAAGAUGGAUUUGAGAAUCUCUCCUCUGUUUUGACGUGAUGCAAAGUCUAUUCUAAGGUUAUCUUUGAGGGUGUGAGGGUGAUUAAUUCAAGUAUUGCUCAAUAAUGUUUGGAAGAACAUGAAGUGACAAAAGCAGAGAUCACUAACAUCCUGCUGAAGGCAGACUUAUUUAAUGAUUGCUAUCUGGGGAAACAAAAACUAAUGUCUGAUGUGCAAAGUGUCAUGGUUCUGCCCUGUUGUCCUUGUUCUACCCUAGUUUUGAGGCAGGAUCAUGACAGGUCCAUGUUUUGUGUGCUAGCACAUGGCCUUUUGUUUGGGCUGUGUGCUUGCGUAAUUCUCGCUAAAAUUUACCCAGAAUCUCAGUACAUCAGGCCUUACCAGGACCUUUUUACAGCACUCUUUAAUAUAAUCAAACACAGCACAACCUUCAGUGAGAACCUGCCACUGAACUUCCCUGCACUUUUAUUGUUAUGGAAAGAUCCCAUCCCACCCUGAAAUAACAACUAUGGUGUCACAAUAAGGAAUUUAUACUCAAAUGAGUGCAAAUCUGUAGGCAGUGGAAGAAGGGCAACUAUCCCAAAAGGUUACAAAGGUUUAAUUUCUCAGAGGAAUCUUAACAUCAGUUUAGAACCAAAGCAGAACAUCGCAACUCAGUGGGACAAUGAUAAAACAUGGAAGAAAGUGAGAGACACACAAAAACUUUACAGAGCUUCUGGGAAAAUGGUUUGCUUGCAGAUUCAGAUCAUGUGGUUAUCAAUGUUCAGAAGUCAGUUACGCAAAGAAUUUGGCACAAGAGUGACCUUUGGAUUCUCCAUGAAUGGACCCGUCGCACUGGACAUAGACUUUAAGAUCAUUGUAAUGGUCUGA